ACUAGUAUCCAACAUGUUUUAACAAAAAGUUUUUGAGGAAAGUGACAUACAUUUUAUUUUGAUGUGGAACAGGACAUUAUGUGAAAUACACUGAUGUGACAAUCUCUAUACAUUGAAUUGAAAACAUGGAAUUUAUAAAGAUGUCUGGUCAAAAAUACACUCGUACAAAUUUUGAGGAGGAUGAGGUGUCAGGAGCGGGAACCCCACCACCGGGAGAAUUCAACACAUCUGUUGUCUAUAAAAGAGGUGGUGGUUUAAAGGGUCGAAGGUCAUGGCUGGAGGUGAUAUUACUUGGAACUUUAGGAGUUGCUUCUGUUACAAUCAUAGUUCUAGCUGCUCUUCUUGUGUCCAGGGACAAACAGAUUGGUCGAUUAAGUCUUCAAAAAGCCAGUGUCAAAACAAAUAAUAAACCUGUAGUCAUAGCAACAACAAGGAAACCAGAGGUCAAACCAAAACCUCUAUGUUUGACACCAACAUGUAUCACGGUUGCAAGUAUGUUGAUAAAUUCUAUGGACACUAGUGUUGACCCGUGCUCGGACUUUUACUCGUACGCAUGUGGUGGUUGGAUUGACAAGCAUGUGAUACCCUCGGGCCACGCCCGCUGGAGCACAUUUGGCGAGCUGUGGAAAUCAAAUCAAGAGGUCAUGAAAAGGGUCAUAGAGAGACCAAUUAAUUCCACGCAGAGUGACGCAGAAAUAAAAGCCAAGCUCUAUUACCAAUCAUGUAUGGAUAAAAACAAAACAAUUAGUGUGUUGGGUAGUAAACCUUUAGAAAAUCUUGUACGAUUAUUUGGCGGAUGGGCAAUAUCUAAUAGGACUGGAGUUUGGGACAAAACAAAAUGGACUUUACAGAAAGCUUUGGAAAAGAUGAAAGUGUUUGGUGUAUUUUUCUCGUACUACAUCGGAGAGGAUGAUAAAAAUUCUACAUAUAAUAUCAUACAGGUGGAUCAAGGGGGUUUAGGCUUGCCAGAGAGAGACUAUUAUCUAAAUAAAUCAGUCUCCGAGGACAAAGUUUUGUCAGCCUAUCUGGACUACAUGACAAGGGUUGGGGUUUUACUAGGUGGUGAGGAGAACAACACCAGGGAACAGAUGCUUGAUGUGAUUGAGUUUGAAACACAACUGGCUAACAUCACAGUUCCGAGUGAGGAGAGAAGGGAUGAAGAGCAGUUGUAUCAUAAAAUGACACUUGGUGAUGUACAAAAACUAGCCCCAUUUGUGAAUUGGAUUCAACUUUUAAACAGUAUAUUGUCCAUAGCAAAUGUGACAGUGAGCCCGGCAGAGGAGGUUGUCGUUUAUAUGCCUCGUUACCUACAGAAUCUCACCGAACUUCUGCAGCAGACGCUCCAAGAGGAAAAUGGGGCAAGGACGCUACAGAACUACAUGAUGUGGCAUGUGGUGAAGGCAAUGACCCCUUACCUAACCAAUGACUUCACAGAUGCUAGAAAUAUACUUACAGAGGCUAUUUCAGGUACUACAGGUGGGGAGGAGUUAUGGAGACAUUGUAUUACAGACACAGAUCAAGUGCUCGGAUUUGCCCUCGGUUCCUUGUUCGUACAAGAGGUAUUUAAAGGCAACAGUAAGCAAAAGGCGGAAGAUAUGAUCGAAGAAGUAAAGACGGCAUUCAAGAAUAAUUUGCCAAGUUUAAGAUGGAUGGAUGAUGAAACUAGAAAAGCUGCAGUAGAUAAGGCUAACUCAGUAAUAGACAUGAUUGGAUUUCCGGAAUACAUCCUGAAUAAAACAAGAUUAAACAAAGAAUAUAAAAAUUUGAAGAUCAAUGCAUCAGAAUAUUUCCAGAACAACAUUAGAAAUUUGUAUUUUGAACUUCAAAAGAAUGCUGCUAUGCUUAGAAAGCCUCCAGAGCCCUAUGUCUGGGACAUGACUCCGCCUACAGUUAAUGCAUAUUACACGCCCACCAAAAAUGAAAUUGUUUUUCCUGCUGGAAUCUUACAGGCACCAUUUUACAGUCAAGACUGGCCUAAAUCUCUAAACUUUGGUGCUAUGGGAGUGGUAAUGGGUCAUGAAUUAACACAUGGCUUUGAUGAUCAAGGUCGUGAAUAUGAUAAGUUUGGUAAUCUCCGUCCAUGGUGGAACAACGCCUCUGUCGAAAGAUUUGAAGAGCGGACUAAAUGUAUGGUGGACCAGUAUGCUAGCUAUCAACUGAACGGUGAAAAAGUACGAGGUAAACAAACACUGGGAGAGAAUAUAGCUGAUAAUGGUGGACUUAAGGCUGCAUAUCAUGCUUACGAGGAUUGGUUGGCGAAACAUGAGGAGGAGUUGCCUUUACCUGGAGUAAAUCUUACACAUAGACAACUUUUCUUCCUUAGUUUUUCACAUGUUUGGUGUUCUAAAAGUACAAAGGAAGCUGAUCAUUUACAAAUAUUGAGUGAUCCACAUAGUCCUGGUAAAUUCAGGGUCAUAGGGACAUUAUCAAAUUCUGAUGAUUUUGCAAGAGAAUAUAAUUGCCCAAGGAAUUCCCCAAUGAAUCCAGACAAAAAAUGUAUUGUGUGGUAAACAGUUGAAGACGAAUAUCAUUUAUACAUAACUAUAUAAUAUAUUGAAGUGUUCUACAUGGUGUUGAGUGUAAUGAAGCAAUGUUAACUUUUAAUUAUGUUACCAACUCAAAACAGGAAUACCAUGUAGUUUAUUAUGUAAAUAUAACAUCCCUCGGAGAGUUAUAGAAAGAAAUGUUUACUCAAGAUGGGUGAUGUGAUGUGAUGUGUUAGCGGAAGCUGACAUUAUCUUGUCAGGAAUGAAAAUUUUGUUCUAUCACUCUCCAUUUAAUAUAUCAAUAAUCGAAAUAGAGGUGUAAAUCAUUAUAACUAAUAAUUAAAAUGAAGUCGGUAACCCAUGUGCGCGUAAGGGGCCUUUUUGUAAUGUCAGCAGGUGAAAAUGUGAUAUUGUCCUUUGACAUUAUUAAGGAUUGUUGCCCUCUGACAUCACAUAAAGCUAAAUAACAAAUAAAUCAUGUGAGUUUUAAUAAAUUCCAUGUUUAUGUUGGGUUACUAUUUAGUAUGCAGAGAUGGGUCUACGACUAAUUUGAUAAAAUAAGACAAUAAAAAGGAAGGGCAUAUUAUAGAAUUGACAAAUUGAGGGUUUGACGGCAAAACUGCAGUAAUUUAUUUGAUAUAAGGUUAACAACAUUUUUGCAGUCAACCCUCGAAGUGAUAAGGUUCAAAAAAUAUUUUAAACCUGCGACACAAGUCCUCAUUAUAACACUAGGGUAACAAUCAAUGAGUCAUCCACAAAAACUUCUACCUAUACUGGUGACAGCUACCACAACAAGAAUAAUAUUGAUAAUAUUAAAUUGAAUAUUCAUUCUUCUGUUAGAUUUUUUUUAAAGAUUUACAGAGAAUGUUUGCUAAACUUAUGUCUUGAAUUUGUUUUUAAUUAAUAGAGUGCUAAGUAAAUCUUUCUAGCAU